AUGGCGGCCGCAGCAGCAACGGAGGGAAUCAAGGACCUCAAAUUAGAGGAGACCAACGGCAAGCCCGCCGAGGGCGCCCCAGCCAACGGCGCGCCUGUGAAUGGCGACGCUGAGAGCGACGACGACGAGGAAGGCGAUGCUCCUGCCGACGGCGCCCCUACUGGCGAAGCGAAGAAGAAGAAGAAGAAGCCGAGAAAGAAGAAGAAGAAGGGCGGUGCUGGCGGCAGCGCAUCAAAGCAAUCAGACCCGCCGCGUGUGCCAGUGUCGCAGCUGUUCCCCAACGGCCAGUACCCCGAGGGCCAGAUCGAAGAGUACCGCGACGAGAACCUGUACCGCACCACCAACGAAGAGAAGCGCCACCUCGACCGCAUGAACAAUGACUUCCUCAACGAGUACCGCCAGGGCGCCGAGGUCCAUCGCCAAGUGCGCCAGUGGGCCCAGAAGACCAUCAAGCCGGGCAUGACCCUCACCGAGAUUGCCGAGGGCAUCGAGGACGGCGUGCGCCAUCUGACUGGUCAUCAGGGCUUGGAGGAGGGUGAUAACUUGAAGGGUGGGAUGGGCUUCCCUACCGGUCUCAGCUUGAACCACUGUGCUGCGCACUACACGCCCAAUGCCGGCAACAAGAUUGUGCUGCAGCAAGAGGACGUCAUGAAGGUUGAUUUUGGCGCCCAGAUCAACGGCAGAAUCGUCGACAGUGCUUUCACUCUGGCGUUCGACCACAAGUAUGACCCGCUGCUUCAGGCUGUGAAGGAGGCGACCAACACCGGCAUCAAGGCAAGCAUUGACGGCUGUGAAGCUGGUAUUGACGUCCGCAUGUCUGACAUCGGCGCCGCUAUCCAGGAGGUCAUGGAGAGCUACGAAGUCGAGCUUGACGGCCAGACACACCAGGUCAAGUGUAUUCGCAACCUCAACGGCCACAACAUCAACCAAUUCGAGAUUCACGGUGGAAAGAGCGUGCCCAUCGUCAAGGGCUCCGACCAGACCAAGAUGGAGGAGGGUGAAACAUUUGCCAUCGAGACCUUCGGAAGUACCGGAAAGGGUUAUGUCCGGGACGACAUGGAGACAUCGCACUACGCCAGGCGCGUCGACGCUCCCAAGGUGGCGCUGCGCGUCUCGUCGGCUAAGUCGCUUCUCACGUCUAUCAACAAGAACUUCGGUACCCUGCCUUUCUGCCGCAGGUACCUGGACCGUCUGGGCCAUGACAAGUACCUCCUCGGUCUCAACAACCUUGUCCAGAGCGGCAUCGUCGAGGCAUACCCUCCGCUAUGCGAUGUUAAGGGUUCCUACACUGCCCAGUUCGAGCACACCAUCCUUCUUCGUCCCAAUGUUAAGGAGGUCAUCAGCCGGGGCGACGACUACUAA